AUGUCUGCCCCGGCGCAGGAGAGGAGCUCCGCCGCUCCGCUGCUCAGCGCACUGCUGCUGCUCGGCUCGCUCUCCGGUUGUGCAAGCAUGGAUGUGAUCGUGCCCAGUUUCAUAAAUGCACUGAACGGAUCAAGCGUCAAAAUUCCCUGCACGUUCACAUCCUGCUACAAGAUGGAUGUGAACACGUUUAUCAUGAACUGGACCUACCAAGAAACAUACAACGACACAAAGGAAAUGUUCAUGAUUUUCUCUAAGAGGAAAGAAAUGGCGACUCUGAGGACAGACCGGUUCGGAGACAGGGUCAUGUUCGCUGGGAACCUGGUUAAGAACGAUCUGUCCAUCACACUGUCGGAUAUCCAGGUGGAGGAUAUGGGGAUUUACAACUGCUACGUGAUGAAUUUCCCAGACCGCACCGAGGGAUAUGGUUCCAUACAACUUAAUGUUGUCACUGAACUUCCCCCGCCAAGGGACUCCACCAUUGCAGUAGCUAUCGGGGCAUCGGUGGGCGGAGCAUUGGCUCUGCUGAUCCUCUCCAUGGUCGUGUUGAAAUGCCUCCGUCGACACCAGAAACAGGAACUGAUUCCGGAGGAAAAGAUGGAGGAGGAGGGUAAACUGGACCCUGAGGGUGUUGCAGAGGAGGGAACCAAGUAA